UUGAGAGAACACAGUGGGAAGCUUUGGUGUUUAUGAACAUCUGACACAUACAAUGGGCCAUUCAGGAUCCAGGCACAAACCUGAAGCAAGAAUCCUCCUCCUAGGGCUUGAUGGAGCUGGAAAAUCAACACUUCUUUACAAACUCAAGUACAAUGAGGACUUCCACACGGUUCCUACAGUUGGAUUCAAUGUUGAAAUGAUUGAAGCGAAGAGGAACAGCGACAAAAUCACGCUGACCGUGUGGGACGUUGGAGGGCAGAUUAAGAUGCGAGCGCACUGGAUGAAUUUUUACCAAGACACGGCUGGAAUUGUGUUCAUCGUGGACUCUUCUGAUAUCAAGCGUCUAGACGAGGCCAAGAGCGUGCUGGAACAGACCUUAAAGAGUGACCACCUCAGGGGACUCCCGGUGGUGGUUCUUGCCAACAAGCAAGAUAUUGUAGGAGCUGCAACGGUAACAGAGAUCACAGAGCAGUUUAACCUGCGAAAGAGCUGCAGUGACCGAGACUGGUUCAUUCAGCCGUGUUCGGCGCUGACUGGAGCGGGUCUGGUGGACGGCUUCAGACGAGUGGCACACCUGGUGAAAAUGACACCUGAGGACAAAAACAUCAAAGACUCUGUGAAGUAUAUAAGAUCAAAAUCGUUUAUGUCACUAAAGAAAUAAUCCACAUGGUAACUUAUUAACCACUUUUAAUGGAAGGUUAAGCACACAGUGCUACUAAAUAUAGUUAGAUAGUUUAUAACGUGAACUGAAUGAAAAAUUAACUGAAACCAUGCAAGAUACUAAAAGUUACUGGAGUUAUGAAUGAAUCAUUCAUAAAUUCAUUAAUAUAGUAACCAAGACUGUUUAAAAUGAUAACAAUCUUUAAUAUCUGUAAAGAAAUAAAUGCCCAUAUUAACAACAAAACCUGUUAACUAAACUUAAAAGAAAAUUCCGUAAACCAAUAAGUUCAUAGAAUCAUGUGAACUAUUACUGGAACUUGAGUUUUAAGGAACCAUAAAAGGGCAUUACUUUGAAAUAUCGAACGUAUUUAUUAGCAUAUGCUAUUGAAGUACUAAAGAACUUACACGUUUUUUAUUGAAUGUACAAUUUUUACUUGCAUUUGUUGCAAAACACAGACUUUUAGAAGGUUAUGUAAACAAUCAUGUAAACUAAAUGAGAAAUACAGAAAAAGGAACCAUAGAAUAUGCCAAAUAUUACAUUGAGUUAUAAUUCAUGAGUAUAUUUAUGAAUACAGUGUAUGCCAGGAUGUAUUUGAAAGAACUUGAAUGCAAUUUAUUUAUUUGAAUCCAACACAAACUUCAACAAUUGAGAUGUAUGAAUCAAUGCAUGAACAUAAUAUUUCUGACCACAGAAUUUAAAUUAAUAGCAAGGAACAAAACAAGAUGUUCUAAAACUUUAAUUUUUAGAAAGUCACAUUGUCAGUUUCCAUUUUUCCUUGUGCUCAUUUUUUCUUAAGCGGAGGGUCACUGUUCAAACCCACUCCCCUCAUCUGAACUGAAAAGAGGAGAAGCAUUAAGGAUCAGGCCCUUCUCUAAUGGACUGAAGCUUCUUGAUCGAUUUUAAACUCCAGCUCAUCAGUCACAGGACUCAUUAUGGUGGAGUUGAAUAAGAGCUCUGGCUCCUCAGCAGCAGAUGCCGAGAAGACCUCAGCUGGGCCAGAUUGUGGGAAUCCAGUUGAUGGGUGGUGGUUUCCUGCUUUGGGGUCAGAAACAGAGGACCCAAAGUGGCAAUCUUACUCCAGUCUGUUAUAAAGGGGGAAAGUUGUUUGAGUGCCACAUGACUUGAAUAAAUAAAUACAGGCAAAAGAAUGAAAA